AUGUCUUUCCUCAGAAGCAACAAUCCGCGUCCAGAUACGCUUUACGGAGCGCAGACUGAUCCCGAUCCAUUUCGCGCAGGUCCAGUUCAUAAGGCAACAUCACUUCAUGCCCCUAGACCUGGGCCAAACCGCUUUGCACCGCAAAAAGGUCCAUCUGCCCCUCCAACCACAGGAGGUCCUGCCCGUCAACCCACGCAGCAACUCCCUGGCCAGCCUGCUCAGGGACCUCAACAUCCACCUGUUCCCCUUCCUCAGUCUUCCUCCGUGAAUCCAGCAGGUAUUAGAGCGAAACCAGCAGGCGUGACACCGCUGUCAUUGGGUGUCAAUCCACGUCCAUCUCGUAUGGCAGGGCUGGCAGCAGGUGUCACUCAGCAUCCAGGUAUGCAAGGUCAGGGAGGACAGCAUCCAGGUAUGCAAGGUCAGGGAGGAGAGCAUCCAGGUAUGCAAGGUCAGGGAGAACAGCAUCCCGAAGAGAUACCAGACUGGGAGGUCGGCGACGACGACGUGCUCGGUCUGGCACCACCUCGCCAGAAGACGCGUCGCAUAGCUCGCCCGACAUAUUCGCAAAACAAAGAUUCAUUUGACAGGACUAAAGCUGCUCUGGCAGCCCACGAAAAUUUCGUCUACGAUGAGGGUUGGGACGAAGAGGAGGACGAGGAAGGCGAGGGUCACUGGCCUGAAGACCAGGACGAUCAGAACCCGACCCACUACGACUACGACCCAGAUGACUAUUACCGCGAGGAUGAUGACCCCAACGUUCAUUACGGCAUUGCCAUUUAG